AUGGAGACAACCGCUUCAUCGGGCGUGAUUGUUACCCUGCACGGCCAGUAUGAUCCUCUCCUUGCUUGGAUCGAUCCUGCCACCUCCAGCCCCACCCGGGAUUACGGGGCUAACAAUUUACCUGGCCGGUACUCAGGGACAGGUUGCUGGUGUAGUAGUAGUUGGUGCAAUCAUUGCUUCCGGUCCGUUCUCAUCAUGGCCGCAUCCUUCAUGAAGGCCACCUUUGAUCGUCUACCACUGGAUGAAGAUGAAGUAGCAGCCGCAAUGCAGAACCGAUACCAUCACAAUGGUCCGCACCAUCAGCUUGACAUUUCUGAUUUGUAUGGGAUGCCACAAACUUGA